AUGUUUGUUGAGACGGACCCUCCCCCUCCUGCUGAGCCCAGACACCAGCCCUGGAUCGACCAAUCACAGCUGUCGCAGGAAGACGGCGAAGAGGAACUAUCAGACCUCACUACAGCCGCACAGGAACCAUCAGACCUCACUACAGCCGCACAGGAACCAUCAGACCUCACUACAGCCGCACAGGAACCAUCAGACCUCACUACAGCCGCACAGGAACCAUCAGACCUCACUACAGCCGCACAUGAACCAUCAGACCUCACUACAGCCGCACAGGAACCAUCAGACCUCACUACAGCCGCACAGGAACCAUCAGACCUCACUACAGCCGCACAGGAACCAUCAGACCUCACUACAGCCGCACAGGAACCAUCGGACCUCACUACAGCCGCACAGGAACCAUCAGACCUCACUACAGCCGCACAGGAACCAUCAGACCUCACUACAGCCGCACAUGAACCAUCAGACCUCACUACAGCCGCACAGGAACCAUCAGGCCUCACUACAGCCGCACAGGAACCAUCAGACCUCACUACAGCCGCACAGGAACCAUCAGGCCUCACUACAGCCGCACAGGAACCAGAAACUAUUUGCAUACGUCUCCUCCUGGGCACAGAUGGCACAGAGCAGGACACAGAGCAGGACACAGAGCGGGACACAGAGCAGGACACAGAGCAGGACACAGAGCGGGACACAGAGCAGGACACAGAGCGGGACACAGAGCAGGACACAGAGCAGGACACAGAGCGGGACACAGAGCAGGACACAGAGCAGGACACAGAGCAGGACACAGAGCGGGACACAGCAGGACACAGAGCGGGACACAGAGCGGGACACAGAGCAGGACACAGAGCGGGACACAGAGCGGACACAGAGCGGGACGCAGAGCGGGACACAGAGCGGGACACAGAGCGGGACACAGAGCAGGACAGAGAGCGGGACACAGAGCAGGACACAGAGCGGGACACAGAGCGGGACACAGAGCGGGACACAGAGCGGACACAGAGCAGGACACAGAACGGGACACAGAGCAGGACACAGAGCAGGACACAGAGCGGGACACAGAGCAGGAGACAGAGCAGGACACAGAGCGGACACAGAGCGGACACAGAGCGGGACACAGAGCAGGACACAGAGCAGGACACAGAGCGGGACACAGAGCGGGACACAGAGCAGGACACAGAGCAGGACACAGAGCGGGACACAGAGCAGGACACAGAGCGGGACACAGAGCGGGACACAGAGCGGGACACAGAGCGGGACACAGAGCAGGACACAGAGCGGGACACAGAGCAGGAGACAGAGCAGGACACAGAGCAGGACACAGAGCGGGACACAGAGCAGGACACAGAGCGGGACACAGAGCGGGACACAGAGCGGGACACAGAGCGGGACACAGAGCGGGACACAGAGCGGACACAGAGCAGGAGACAGAGCAGGACACAGAGCAGGACACAGAGCGGGACACAGAGCAGGAGACAGAGCGGGACACAGAGCAGGACACAGAGCAGGACAACAGAGCGGGACACAGAGCGGACACAGAGCGGACACAGAGCGGUGACACAGAGCGGGACACAGAGCGGACACAGAGCGGGACACAGAGCACAGAGCGGGACACAGAGCGGGACACAGAGCGGGACACACAGAGCGGGAGCGGACACAGAGCAGGAGACAGAGCAGGACACAGAGCAGGACACAGAGCGGGACACAGAGCAGGAGACAGAGCGGGACACAGAGCAGGACACAGAGCGGGACACAGAGCGGGACACAGAGCGGGACACAGAGCAGGAGACAGAGCAGGACACAGAGCAGGACACAGAGCGGGACACAGAGCAGGAGACAGAGCGGGACACAGAGCGGGACACAGAGCGGGACACAGAGCAGGACACAGAGCGGGACACAGAGAGACCUGAGUCACUCCACGCUCGGCUUUAA